AUGGCAGACGGACUCAACCAGGCUCGCGCAGUGCGAGUGGCCGAACUGAUCAACGACUAUCGCACAUUGCUGUUGCACAUCUCUCAGCAGCAAGUCGACGCUUCUGCCGAGGAAUACUACGAAGAAGGAUUCACCGUCCUCCGAGAAUGUCACGCUGCCGCUCAACGUCUGGUCAGCGCCAACUAUCAGCCAUGCCCGAUGACGGGGAGAGGUAACGCGGAUACGGAGAAAGCAGAGCUUCAAAGGGUUAUCACCGAUAGCAGCGCUCGCCGAUUCCAAGCACAUAAGAUUUACCUUCGAGCUGCGGCAGCACGACGAUGGACCAUGACUCGAGCGAACAUUCUCCGCGGCCAGCGACCAACAUCCGCACAUGCGCCAGCCCUGAAAGCCGCACACGUUACGCUACAACAGGAAUUGGGUCGCGUCACUGACCAGCAUGUUGUCUCUGAUCUUCGAGCUGCCGACCUGCGGGCAGGCCAUUGGCUUGAUGAUGAUCCGUCCUUGGAUACGAUUCUGCGCUGGAUUGCGGGUCGGUAG